AAUUUUACUCUAAGGGAGCAGGGGAGUGAUCCACCGCCCCCACAGCUGGCUCACCCGCCUGAGGGCUCUGCCGCCCAGUCCCCAAGGCUGGGGCAUCGGGACGCAGGCUGGGCAGUGGGGUGGGGAACCCAAAAGAGCCAGGCUGCCGGGGACGCCAUGGAGCCAUCCUCGCCCCAGGAUGAGGGCCUGAAGAAGAAGCAGCCCAAGAAGCCACCUCCAGAGGUCCUACCGCGCCCACCACGGGCCCUGUUCUGCCUGACGCUGCAGAACCCCGUCCGAAAGGCCUGCAUCAGCAUCGUGGAGUGGAAACCCUUCGAGACCAUCAUCUUGCUCACCAUCUUUGUCAACUGUGUGGCCCUGGCCGUGUACCUGCCCAUGCCAGAAGAUGACAACAACACCCUGAACCUUGGCCUGGAGAAACUGGAGUAUUUCUUCCUCAUCGUUUUCUCCAUUGAAGCCGCCAUGAAGAUCAUCGCCUACGGCUUCCUGUUCCACCCAGACGCUUACCUGCGCAGUGGCUGGAAUGUGCUGGAUUUCAUCAUUGUCUUCCUGGGGGUCUUCACGGUGAUUCUGGAGCAGGUGAACAUCAUCCAGACCAACACAGCCCCGAUGAGCAGCAAAGGCGCCGGCCUGGACGUCAAGGCCCUGAGAGCCUUCCGCGUGCUCAGACCCCUCCGCCUGGUGUCGGGGGUGCCCAGCCUGCAGGUGGUCCUCAACUCCAUCUUCAAGGCCAUACUGCCCCUGUUCCACAUCGCCCUGCUGGUCCUCUUCAUGGUCAUCAUCUAUGCCAUCAUCGGACUGGAGCUCUUCAAGGGCAAGAUGCACAAGACCUGCUACUUCAUCGGGACAGACAUCGUGGCCACAGUGGAGAAUGAGAAGCCAUCACCCUGUGCCCGCACCGGCUCGGGGCGCCCCUGCACCAUCAACGGCAGCGAGUGUCGGGGCGGCUGGCCGGGCCCCAACCACGGCAUCACCCACUUUGACAACUUUGGCUUCUCCAUGCUCACCGUGUACCAGUGCAUCACCAUGGAGGGAUGGACCGAUGUGCUCUACUGGGUCAACGAUGCCAUCGGGAAUGAGUGGCCCUGGAUCUACUUUGUCACCCUCAUCCUGCUGGGGUCUUUCUUCAUCCUCAACCUGGUGUUGGGCGUCCUGAGCGGGGAGUUCACCAAGGAGCGGGAGAAGGCCAAGUCCAGGGGAACCUUCCAGAAGCUCCGGGAGAAGCAGCAGCUGGAGGAGGACCUGCGGGGCUACAUGAGCUGGAUCACACAGGGAGAGGUCAUGGACGUGGAGGACUUGAGAGAAGGGAAGCUGUCUUUGGACGAAGGCGGCUCAGACACGGAGAGCUUGUAUGAGAUCGAGGGCUUGAACAAGAUCAUCCAGUUCAUCCGACACUGGAGGCAGUGGAACCGCAUCUUCCGCUGGAAGUGCCACGACUUGGUCAAGUCCCGAGUUUUCUACUGGCUGGUCAUCCUGGUUGUUGCCCUCAACACCCUGUCCCUUGCCUCUGAGCACCACAACCAGCCCCUGUGGCUGACCCGCCUUCAAGACAUCGCCAACCACGUGCUGCUGGCGCUCUUCACGGUGGAGAUGCUGCUUAAGAUGUACGGACUGGGCCUGCACCAGUACUUCAUGUCCAUCUUCAACCGCUUCGACUGCUUCGUGGUGUGCAGUGGCCUCUUGGAGGUGCUGCUGGUAGAGUCGGGCGCCAUGACACCGCUGGGCAUCUCCGUGCUGCGCUGCAUCCGCCUGCUCCGCCUCUUCAAGAUCACCAAGUACUGGACAGGCCUGAGCAAUCUGGUGGCGUCACUGCUCAACUCCAUCCACUCCAUCGCGUCGCUGCUGCUGCUGCUCUUCCUCUUCAUCGUCAUCUUCGCCCUGCUGGGCAUGCAGCUCUUCGGGGGCCGCUAUGACUUUGAAGACACAGAGGAGCGGCGCAGCAACUUUGACAACUUCCCACAGGCCCUCAUCAGCGUCUUCCAGAUCCUGACGGGCGAAGACUGGACCUCGGUGAUGUACAACGGCAUCAUGGCAUACGGUGGGCCGUCCUACCCCGGCGUGCUGGUGUGCAUCUACUUCAUCAUCCUCUUCAUCUGCGGCAACUACAUCCUUCUCAAUGUCUUCCUGGCCAUUGCGGUGGACAACCUGGCUGAGGCCGAGAGCCUGACUUCUGCCCAGAAAGCCAAGGCUGAGGAGAGGAAGCGCAGGAAGAUGUCCAAGGGUCUUCCGGAAAAGUCCGAGGAGGAGAAGGCCACGAUGACCAAGAAGCUGGAGCAGAAGCCCAAGGGGGAGGGCAUCCCCACCACUGCCAAGCUGAAAAUUGACGAAUUUGAAUCAAAUGUCAAUGAAGUGAAGGACCCUUACCCCUCAGCUGACUUCCCAGGAGAUGAUGAAGAAGAGGAGCCAGAGAUCCCAGUGAGCCCCCGGCCACGCCCCCUGGCUGAGCUGCAGCUGAAAGAGAAGGCUGUGCCCAUCCCGGAAGCCAGCUCCUUCUUCAUCUUCAGCCCCACAAAUAAGAUCCGAGUCCUGUGUCACCGUAUCGUCAACGCCACCUGGUUCACCAACUUCAUCCUCCUCUUCAUCCUGCUCAGCAGUGCCGCGUUGGCUGCUGAGGACCCCAUCCGGGCCGAGUCCAUGAGGAAUAAGAUCCUUGGGCAUUUUGACAUCGCCUUCACCUCUGUCUUCACUGUGGAGAUUGUCCUCAAGAUGACCACCUAUGGUGCCUUCCUGCACAAGGGUUCCUUCUGCCGCAACUACUUCAACAUCCUGGACCUGCUGGUGGUGGCUGUGUCUCUCAUCUCCAUGGGACUUGAGUCCAGCGCCAUCUCGGUGGUGAAGAUCCUGAGGGUCCUGCGGGUGCUCAGGCCCCUCCGAGCCAUCAACAGAGCCAAGGGACUGAAGCACGUGGUGCAGUGCAUGUUUGUGGCCAUCAGCACCAUCGGCAACAUUGUGCUGGUCACCACCUUCCUGCAGUUCAUGUUCGCCUGCAUCGGUGUCCAGCUCUUCAUGGGAAAGUUCUUCAGCUGCAAUGACUUAUCCAAGAUGACAGAGGACGAGUGCAAGGGCUACUACUUCAUAUACAAGGAUGGGGACCCCACUCAGAUCGAGCUGCGCCGCCGCGAGUGGGUACACAACGACUUCCACUUCGACAACGUGCUCUCGGCCAUGAUGUCGCUCUUCACUGUCUCCACCUUCGAGGGGUGGCCUCAGCUGCUGUACAAAGCCAUUGACUCCCAUGCGGAGAACUUGGGCCCCAUCUACAACAACCGGGUAGAGAUAGCCAUCUUCUUCAUCGUCUACAUCAUCCUCAUUGCCUUCUUCAUGAUGAACAUCUUUGUGGGCUUCGUCAUCGUCACCUUCCAGGAGCAGGGCGAGACAGAGUACAAGGACUGCGAGCUGGACAAGAACCAGCGCCAGUGCGUGCAGUACGCCCUGAAGGCCCGGCCUCUGAAGUGCUACAUCCCCAAGAACCCCUACCAGUACCAGGUGUGGUACGUGGUCACGUCCUCCUACUUCGAGUACCUGAUGUUUGCCCUCAUCAUGCUCAACACCAUCUGCCUGGGCAUGCAGCACUAUAACCAGUCCGAGGAGAUGAACCACAUCUCAGACAUCCUCAACGUGGCCUUCACCAUCAUCUUCACACUGGAGAUGAUCCUCAAGCUCAUGGCGUUCAAGGCCAAGGGCUACUUCGGAGACCCCUGGAACGUGUUUGACUUCCUGAUUGUCAUCGGCAGCAUCAUCGACGUCAUUCUCAGUGAGAUCGACACUUUCCUGGCCUCCAGCGGGGGACUAUAUUGCCUGGGUGGAGGCUGCGGGAACGUUGACCCCGACGAGAGCGCCCGCAUCUCCAGCGCCUUCUUCCGCCUGUUCCGGGUCAUGAGGCUCAUCAAGCUGCUGAGCCGGGCCGAGGGGGUCCGCACGCUGCUCUGGACCUUCAUCAAAUCCUUCCAGGCCCUGCCCUACGUGGCUCUGCUCAUCGUCAUGCUGUUCUUCAUCUAUGCUGUCAUUGGCAUGCAGAUGUUUGGGAAGAUCGCCUUGGUGGAUGGCACGCAGAUCAACCGGAACAAUAAUUUCCAGACCUUCCCCCAAGCCGUGCUGCUGCUCUUCAGGUGUGCCACAGGUGAGGCAUGGCAGGAGAUCCUGCUGGCCUGCAGCUACGGGAAGCUGUGUGACCCUGAGUCGGACUAUGCCCCAGGCGAAGAGUACACAUGCGGCACCAACUUCGCCUACUACUACUUCAUCAGCUUCUACAUGCUCUGUGCCUUCCUGAUCAUCAACCUCUUUGUGGCCGUCAUCAUGGACAACUUUGACUACCUAACGCGGGACUGGUCCAUCCUGGGUCCCCACCACCUGGAUGAGUUCAAAGCCAUCUGGGCUGAGUACGACCCGGAAGCCACGGGCAGAAUCAAGCACCUGGAUGUGGUCACCCUGCUAAGGAGGAUCCAGCCCCCCCUGGGCUUUGGAAAGUUCUGCCCACAUCGUGUGGCGUGUAAGCGGCUGGUGGGCAUGAACAUGCCCCUCAACAGUGAUGGCACCGUCACCUUCAAUGCCACGCUCUUUGCCCUGGUUCGCACAGCACUCAAAAUCAAAACAGAAGGCAACUUUGAACAGGCCAACGAGGAGCUGAGGGCCAUCAUCAAGAAGAUCUGGAAGAGAACCAGCAUGAAGCUCCUGGACCAGCUCAUCCCUCCCAUCGGAGAUGACGAGGUGACUGUGGGGAAGUUCUACGCCACCUUCCUCAUCCAGGAGCACUUCCGCAAGUUCAUGAAGCGCCAGGAGGAGUAUUAUGGGUACCAGCCCAAGAAGGAUACCGUACAGAUCCAGGCAGGACUGAGAACGAUAGAGGAGGAGGCAGCCCCUGAGAUCCGCCGCACCAUCUCAGGGGACCUGACGGCUGAAGAGGAGCUGGAGCGAGCCAUGGUGGAGGCGGCCAUGGAGGAGGGCAUCUUCCGGAGGACUGGAGGCCUGUUUGGCCAAAUGGACAACUUUCUGGAAAGAACCAACUCCCUGCCCCCCGUCAUGGCCAACCAGAGACCCCUCCAGUUUGUCGAGAUUGAGAUGGAGGAGCUGGAGUCGCCUGUCUUCCUGGAGGAUUUCCCUCAAGAUCCCAACGCCCACCCUCUGGCUCAUGCCAACACCAACAAUGCCAACGCCAAUGUUGCCCAGGGCAACCGAGGCCCUAGCAACAGCCAGGCUUUCUCCAGUGUCCACUGCGAGGAGGAACUUCCUGGAGAAACAGAGACACUGGCAGCCAGAAGAGGAGCCUUCAGCCAUGCCCGGAAGACCCUAGGCCCCCAUGGUGUAUCCUGUGUGGAGAAGCCAAGAGGACAGCUGAACCAGAGCAUGGUGCCAGGCACUGGGUCAGCCCCUGCCCCCCACCAGUGGUCCAGGAAGGAGCCGCCCCCUGCAGAGGAGAGGAGCCCCACUCUGGGGCCACUGCCUGAGGAGCCCCCCCACAGUAGCAGGGCCCGGGGGAGUCCUUCUAAGCACCCAGCUCCAGCGACAGCCCGGCUUAUCCAGGAGGCUCUGGUCCGAGGGGGCCUGGACAGCUUGGCAGCUGAUGCUGGCUUCAUCAUGGUGACAGGCCAGGCCCUGGCAGAUGCCUGCCAGAUGGAGCCAGAGGAAGUGGAGGUGGCGGCGACAGAGCUCCUGAGAGGACGGGAGUCUCCAGAGGAUGUGACCCAUGGCUCCAGCCUCCAGUCCUCAAUGGGCAGCCUGGACCUGCCCCAAGGCUCCCAGGAGACCCUCAUUACCCCUGGGCCAUGAAAGGGGGCCCAGAACCAGCACCUUCAGUGGGGGGCUGGGGCAGCAAGUGGUGGAAACCUCCCACCCCCAUCUGCCAGCAGCUGAGCAGGUGGACUGAACAGCAGCAUCAAGAAACACUCCAACUGCCAAAGAAGAUGGACAGGUCCUUCUCUCCCGCUGAAGGCUCCCUCAAGUGGAGUUUCUCCUGUCACCUGGCCAGCCUGUCAGUGCCUCAGCUGCUUGGCCUGAGGCCACUCCCAACAGCAGGACAGUAAAAUCACCAGCCUGUGA